AGUUAAUCGAGACUUCCAACUCAUAACCCUACCUACCUAUACAAAUCGUGAACUCACCGUACAGCAGCAUAUGCACUGUCCUCCAUCCGACGGGAAGCCAAAGGUAUUAAUUAUUUCUCAGAGAAGUCAGUCAAGGCCGUUCCCCCAUCACCCUCUCGACAGCCGUGAAUGAUAACCAACAAUGGAGGUGGAGAGGCCUAAGAAGAUACAACACCGUGAAGCCGACAAAAAUGAAGAAGACAAAAUCAGUGAUUUGUCUGAUUGUGUUCUCAUUCACAUACUGUCCUUUUUGAACACCAAAGAGGCCGUUCAAACCUGCAUUCUCUCCAAAAGAUGGAUUAAUCUCUGGAAGAAACUUUCCACUCUUACAUUAUCUACUUCAGAUUUUAAGACCAAUGAAAAUUUAGAAAAAUUCGCGUCUCAGCUUUUGUCUCUUCGUGAUCACUCAACCGCAUUGUCUGAUCUCCGUUUGUGCGCCAAUCAUUUAGCGAUCGCUAGCCCAUUCCAAAAGACUAUAGAGUAUGCUGUUUCACACAAUGUCAAACACUUACUAGUCAAUUUAGCUGCUAUUGAACACUUUCCGUCUUGCUUCUUUUCAUGUCUUACAUUAACAACUCUUAAUCUUUCUGCUUACAAUAUAUUUUUUAACUUUGGCCGGACAAUAAUAUUUCCAGAUUUUUUUAAUCUCCCAGAAUUAACUACUUUGUCUCUAAAGUACUUUACCUUUUGUGGCACCAAUGAUGGUUGUGUUGAGCCUUUUUCCGCAUUUAAUAAGUUGAAUACUUUGAUCAUUGACCGUUGUGAAGUUUUUGGUGCAAAAAAAUACCUUCGCAUUUCAAGUGCUAAGCUUGUCAAUUUAACUAUACAUAUGUAUGGUUGCGAUUCUAAGAAAUAUUCCAAAACCUCUUUUGGAAUUGAGUUAUAUUAUGCUCCAAGUCUUCAUGCCUUUGCUUUUACUGGUGGUGAAUGUAUUCAGGAACUCUCCGGGAGCGAGAGUGUCCUCUCUUCUAUCAAACAUUUAAAUAUUCAUUUACCGUAUUGUUGGAAUUUGCGGGAGAAUUCAUUAAUUUUACUCAACUGGCUGGUUCAACUUGCUAAUAUUGAAUCAUUGAUCAUCUCUUCGAAGACUCUUAAGGUUCUUUCCUACUAUCCUGAUUUAUUGAAGGUUAAGUUCGAUUCCUUUUGUAACUUAAAGACACUGAAAAUAAAAAUGGAUGGACCUCAUGGACCUUCAUCUAUACCUCAAGGAAUGCUGGACUUUUUGCUUCAAAACUCGCCCUCGGCAAAGGUUGACUUCAUCAAUUUAUUUAUAAGGCCUGUUGCAUCGGUGAACAAAGCUGUUGGUUGCUGAAAAAACAAAUGGUGACAGAUACAUAAGUUUUUCUAAGAACAUUGGAAUCGUGAGAGAGUCCUCAAAGUAUCGGUGCAUAUAUAACGAACACUUUUGCUCAUUUCCAUUUGCUAGACUUAUUUAUGGCAUCGUUUGAUCCAUAUGGUCAAACCCUUCUUAGUACAAACACUUUUAUAUAUAUGAAUUUAUUUUCCUGCAUUUUAGUAUAUAUUGUUUCUAUUUUGAUUCAUGUAUUCCAACUACUUUGAGGGGAUUUAUAUAUCUGAAUAUUUGUGAACGGUUCAUGUGUUUGAUCAU